AUGCGUAAGCGAGGAGUGACGGAGAAAUACGAGAGAAUGAUUCAAGAGACUUAUAAGAAUGUUACCACCAAGGUCCGAUGCACAGUAGGAAUGACAGAUAGGUUUGAGGUUAAGAGGAAGUGCGUGAAGAGUCACCAUGUCAUCGGCAUACAGUAUGCACCAUGGUGCAUACUGUAUGCCGAUGACAUUGUGUUGGUGGCGGGGACGAAACAGGAGCUGCAGAGGAAGACGGAAGAAUGGAAAACUGCAUUGGAGAGUAGAGGUCUGAAAAAAGCAGGAAAAAGACAGUAUUUCACAACGGACACAGAAGGAGAUCAACAGUUAACGAUACAAAUAGAUGGAUUGAACCUGAAGAGAGUGAACCACUUCAAGUAUUUGGGAGCGAUGAUUGAGGAAGAGGGCAGCAUGGGAAGAGGGAUUAAACACCGAAUUCAGUGUGGCUGGAAUAAUUGGAGAAAGGUUUCGGGAGUGAUCUGCGACAAGAGAGUGCUUGUAAAGUUGAAGGGAAUGGUACAUAAGUCUGUGGUCAGACCAGCUAUGACCUAUGGUUUAGAAACUGCUCCGCUGAGAAAAGUUGAAGAAAGAAAAUUGGAUGUUGCUGAAAUGAAAAUGCUCAGAUGGAUGGUGGGGGUAACAAAGAUGGACUGCAUACGGAAUAACUAUAUAAGAGGAUUACUACAGAAAUAUCAAAGAAUGUUCAGGAAUCAAGACUGCGAUGGUAUGGACACCUGCUAA